AUGAACGAGGACGUGCGGCGUCACUUGGUGACGCUGAUCGACGAACAUGUCCGCCCAAUACCGCCGCUUAGUGCGGCUCUAUCUGAGCUGGCAUCGCAUGCUUGUCCUAGCUCUCCCAUGCAUGCUAAAUUGCCACCUAUAUGGCAUCAACUGUCACUGCUCGUUCCCACCGAACCUGCGGCCCAAGAUACAGAAACGUCAGGUGCAGCUCAUGUCUUACUGCAAAGCUUGGAUGUAAAAGCGCUUGAUCAUGAUGAGAAGGAGCACAUACUUCAGCUGGUCAUUGAUACCCUGGAUCCGCAUGACCUCCGUUUCGAUGCUGAUACGGCUUCUGCCGUGCUUGUGGAUGUACUGGGAUUCGAUAUGAUUGAGCUUGUAGCUAUGCUCGUGGCAAAUCCGCAAGCUACUGCAUUUCAGCUUCGUCGUGCGCAGGCGCUUCGUGCUCAAGGCGUAGGCAGCGCGAAAGAUCCUCUUGUACUUGCUCCUUCAUCUACGAACGAGGAAAAAUACCCGAAUGUAUACGGCGCUACUGAGCAUGGCAGUGUGCUUUCUGUGUACGGCACGCGUUUCUCUCUUCCUGAAGGAACGCAGAGAGUCCACGAAUCCUACUUUGAGGAGGUUACUAUUCCCCGCAGCAAGCCAUUGCCGUUUCGGUCACACGAGCGACUUAUCCUGAAGGAUGAGAUGGAUCUUCUCUGCCGUGGUGCCUUCAAGCAAUACAAGUCGCUGAAUCGACUUCAAAGUGCUGUAUACCCGAUGGCCUAUAAAACCUCCGAAAAUCUGUUGGUGUGCGCACCGACAGGUGCAGGUAAGACGGAUGUGGCUAUGUUAUCUAUUUUGCAGUGUGUGGGUCGCUUUUCCAAGUAUGGUGCGAAUGAGUCCAUUCAUGUUGACGCCAAUGCCUUCAAGAUUGUCUACGUGGCUCCUAUGAAGGCGCUCGUUUCUGAGAUUGUGAGCAAAUUUCAAAAGCGGCUAUCUUAUCUCGGCCUCAAAGUUCGCGAAUUGACAGGUGACAUGCAACUAACCCGCAAAGAAAUUGCUGAGACCCAAAUGAUCGUGACGACACCUGAGAAAUGGGAUGUGGUGACUCGCAAGCCCAUGGGAGACGGGGAUCUGGCCUUGUCCGUACGUUUGCUAAUUAUUGAUGAGGUGCAUUUGCUGCAUGAAGAGCGCGGCGCCGUUAUCGAGACGAUUGUUGCACGAACACAGCGUCUUGUAGAGGCAUCACAGACCAUGAUACGAAUUGUUGGCCUGUCUGCCACACUGCCUAACUUUGUGGACGUGGCUGAUUUCUUGAGUGUAAAUCGGUACCGCGGCCUCUUCUACUUCGGCUCGGCGUUCCGGCCCGUUCCGUUGGAGCAGCACUUUGUUGGUGUGCGAGGCAAGCACGGCUCGUCGCAGUCGCGAUCGAAUUUAGACCGUGUGACAUAUGAAAAAGUGCUGGAACUUGUACAAGGCGGUCAUCCUGUGAUGGUGUUCGUACAUACGCGAAAAGAUACGGUGAAAACAGCGCAAAUGCUUUUGGAGCUUGGCAAAGAAGAUGACUUACAUUCUAUACUCGUUGAAGGUCGCGAUGCAACGCGUUUCGAGCGCGAUGUCACGUCGAGCCGGAACCGAGAACUGCGUGAAUUGUUUGAGCACGGCAUAGGCAUUCACAAUGCAGGCAUGUUGCGCUCUGAUCGCGACCUGAGUGAGCGUCUCUUUGCUUCUGGUGCUACUCGUGUGCUUUGCUGCACGGCGACACUUGCAUGGGGUGUUAAUCUGCCAGCGUAUGCGGUGGUCAUCAAAGGCACGGAUAUCUACGAUGCUGAGCAAGGUAAAAUGGUGGAUUUGGGGAUCUUGGAUGUGCUCCAAAUUUUUGGUCGUGCAGGUCGACCCCAGUACGAGGACAUGGGUGUGAGCUAUAUUUGUACAUCUGGAGAAAAGCUGCCGCACUAUAUCGAGUCCAUUACGUCUGCACAUCCCAUUGAGUCCACCUUCCUCCGCGGCAUUGUGGAUGCCUUGAAUGCUGAGGUGGCACUUGGCAGCGUGACUUCGUUGGACGACGGCAUCAGCUGGCUCGGCUUUACGUAUCUUUUUACACGUUUGUGUAAAGCACCGCGUGUGUAUGGGCUUGAUGCGCACGACUUUGAGGCGGAUCCUACCCUGACUCAACGCCGACGGCAGUGGAUCACUUAUGCGGCCAACAUCCUGGCCCAGCAUCAAAUGAUCGAGUUUGAUCUGGCCGCCGGCACACUUCGCCCGACCAACAUGGGACGAAUCGCAUCACGCUACUACUUAAGCCAUAAGACUGUGGGCAUAUUCCACGAGCGACUUCGCAACAAUCUCGUGGAAGCAGACGCAUUGAGCCUCAUGUCUCGCGCAGCCGACUUUGACCAAAUUCCUCUGCGCGAGAGCGAAGAGGAAGAGCUGACGUCCUUGCUUGAAAGUGUGCCAUGCGAAGUGGACGGAGGCACCGCGACCGCUCCAGGCAAGGUCAACAUCUUACUACAGGCUCACAUAUCAUACUUGUAUGUGGACGACUUUGCGCUCGUGAGUGAUAUGCGGUACGUCGCGCAAAAUGCUGGUCGAGUUCUGCUCUCUCUCUUUGAACUCGCCCUCGACAAAGGCUUUGCAAUGUCGGCCUCUGCCUUUCUCCAACUGGCAAAGGCUGUUGACAAACGCAUCUGGCCGUACGAACACCCAUUGAAGCAAUACCCCACGUUUACACCAGACAUGACGCACCGCAUCUCAACUUGGGUCGACGAGCUCGAAGUGAGCCAAAUUCGCUCCCUGUCCAUCCCUGCCUUGGCCCAGUUGCUGCACACUAAUGAGCGGACGGCGACUGUCGCGCAUAAUGCGGCUGAGAGAUUCCCUGCACUGCAUGCACGCAUCACGGCCAGGCCGACACCAGAUGGCUAUGUGUGCGUCGACAUGUACUUAAAGAGCCGUUUUGUGUGGGAUGAGCGGAUUCAUGGGACAUCACUGCCGAUCGUAUGGUGGCUUGAAGAUGACGCACAGCAUGUCGUGUUUUCGGAUCGUUUGACGCUUCGCAACUCUCCUCCUACGCUCGUGUAUGAUGGCGACGUGUACGAUCACCACCUGCGCGUAUACGUGCCGCUCUCUCCUCCCGAUCUGCGCCCUACGUCUGAGGCGCGGUGCCACUUUGUGUGGUCAUCGCUUCACUGGCUUCAAGCUGAGGGUACGGUCGAUGUAGAACUGGACCACUUAACGUGUCCUACGCCCACGCCAUCGACCUCGCUACUUCCGCUACCUCUGCUGCCUAUCAGUGAGAAUGCCAUGUCAGAUGUUUUGGGCAUUAGUACGCUGAAUGCAAUUCAAACGCAGGUGUAUCACACUCUCGCUCACUCGCGUGCGAAUACCCUCGUGUGUGCUCCUUACGCCUCUGGCAAAUGGACUGUGGUAUUAUUUGCUCUAGCUCGUGCUUGGAAGGAAGACAACGGCGCCGUUCUUGUCAUCGAACCUGAUGAAGCGCGCAUGAAGGAGCGUGUACGCCUUCUUGAUAUGCUAGCGCCUCUUUUAGGAGGUCAGGUCGUGCCGCCCUCGCCGACGUGGGCUUUUCAUCAACGUGCUAUCACCGUCAUGACGCCUGACAUGGCUGCGCGUACUCUUGCCUCGGUGACCCAGACGCAUCUUUCCCUCGUUAUCUUUCUGCAUGUUCACAAACUGUCUCCCAUGUACGAGCACGCUGUGAUGCAUGUGCACCGCCUACGGCCUGCACGGAGCAUUGCCACAUCACUCAGUACAUCAACGGCUGCGAGUCUAGGUGCAUGGCUCCAGAUACCCACACAUGCGAUGUACGCGUUUGCGCCGCACGACUCGCCGUAUCCUGUCUCCGUAUCGUUCGACACGGUGGACAUACCUUAUUCUGACACACUUGUUCGUGCGUAUGCCAAGCCGGCCUUUGACCGGAUCGAAACGCAGGAUGAUGUGGCACUGCUGUUUGUUCCCACGCGUUCUCAAUGUAUGACAGCUGCGCAUGAGCUCGCUGCCCGCUUUGCGAUGAAAGGAUACACGGCUCAUCCCGACGCAGAUGAGGCGGCCCAGUCGAUCGAGCACCAGGGCCUAGCUCAUCUUGUACGACAAGGCUUGGCUGUUUGGCAUGCGAACCUCUCACGCCGUGACCAACGCACGGUAGAGCGUCUGGCCGAGAUGCAAUGUCUCCGCGCCGUCCUUUGCGCACACGAUGUGGCCGGGCACGUACCCAUCCGCGCGCCCAUCGUUCUCGUCCUAGGCACGCAGUAUACGGCGCAUACAUCUCGCCAUGUACAGGAUUAUACGAUGGAGCAGCUGUGGUCUAUGCAGUGCCACGCUGUGCGUCCGAACGCAUCCUCGGGCGAAUUUGUGGUGCUGUGUCAGCAGCGUAUCCGUCCCGUCAUGGAGCGGCUGCUGCAGACGCCUGUGGCCAUCGAGUCCAGUCUUGGCGAUGCCGCGCCAACGCUGGAAGCCCUCGCACAAGAACUCGUCGCUCGCCGCGUCCACACCCGCUCUGACACAGUGGCGUGGCUGGCAACAUCUUAUCUCGCCGUACGAGUGCGCGCGAAUCCAGCAUGGUACGCAGAUCCUGGAGAAAACGAGCGGGCAGACCCGAGUGCGUAUCUAUCGGAACUGUGUGAUGCUCUUGUGCGGUCGGGGGAGCAGCUCGGUCUGUGGUGUGUUGUGAGCAUCAACACCGUCCAGCCGACUCAACUUGCUCACAACAUACCGCCGGGUGGCGUGGAAAAGUUAUGCGCCUUGCAGGAGUCGGUCCUGCAUUGGCAGACUGUGCCACACCAAGUACAUCGACUGCUUCAAAAUGAUGAAACGGUGGAAGAGGAAGGCCUGCAAGCCCAAUGCGCCUCUCUCAUGUUGAAGGUGGUGCAAGCCGACAAGGUGCCGAGUCUCCAUCGAAUCGUUCUGGCUCACUGGCUGACGCCCCUGGUCAGCGCACGCACCCUCGCCGAGAUGGACGAUGUGUUGGUGAAAACGAUAGGUGGAGAGGCGGCAGGCCGCGUGAAGGCUUCCAGACAGGCGCUGCUACAGCGUAUCAUGCAAGACCCAAAUACUCAGCCGUGA